AUGCUCGACAACUUUCUUCCUUCGUCUAUCAACAGAUCUUCGGGGGAUCUCUGCCAGAUUUAUAUCUCCUUUAGCUCAUGUCCACGACUUUAUUCCGACUGUAUUAUCAAUGCUUGCUUUGUUUUUACUCGCCAUCGCUUUCUCUCUCUCUUUUAUCCCUCCUUCAUUCUUUCUGUUUCUUACGUUCUUUCUUUUCCUUCGUGUCAUUCUUUUUCUUUCUUUCCUUUCCAUACUUUUUCUUUCUUUCUUCUUUUCCUUUUGUCAUUUUUUCUUCUUUCUAUCUUCCUUUCUUUUUCUUUCUUUUUACUUUUCCUGUCUUCUUUUUCAUUCUUUCUUUCUUAUUUCCUUUGCCUUUCUUUUUCUUUAUUUCUUUUUUCUAUUUCAUUUUCCUUUCUUUCUUUUACAUUCUUUCUUUACAUUUCUUUUUAUUUCUUUCAUUGUAUUUCUGUCGUUAUUUCUUCUUUCUUUCUUUCUUCUUUCUUUCUUUCUUCUUUCUUUCUGUCUUCUUUCUUUCUUUCUUUAUCCAAUCUCCCUUUCUUUUCUUUUUUCUUUUGCUUUCCUCUUUUUUCUAUCGCCCUUUCUUUCUUUCUUUCCUUUCUUUCCUUUCUUUCCUUUCUUUCUUUCUUCUUUUCUUUUUUCUUUCUUUUCAUUCUUUCCUUCUUUUUACUUUCUUUAUAUUCUUUCUUUCUUUUCCUUUCUUUUUUAUUUCUAUAUUUCUUUUUCUUUCUAAUUUUGUCUGUUUUUUUCUUUCUUUCUAUUAUUUUUUCUUUUUCUUUCUUUCUAUUCCUUUCUAACUUUCUUUCCUUUCUUCUUUAUGCUUUCUUCUUUUUUUCAUUCUUUCUCUCUCUCUCUCUCUCUCUUACCUCUUUCUUCGUUCUAUCACCUUUUCUCAUUCUUCCUUUUUCAUUCUUUCUUUCUUUUUCAUUUUUCUUUUUUCCUUUCUUUUUCUUUAUGUCAUUCAUUCUUUUUCUUUUAUCUUUCUUUCUUUCGUUCUUUCUUUCUUUCCUUUACUCUUUCUUUUUUCAUUCAUACUUUUAUUCUACUUAUUCUUUCCUUUUGCCUUUUCUUCUUUAUUCUCAUUCUUUCUUUCACGUUCAUAUUCUGUAA